UUGUCGUAAUGUUUUGAGGCGAACGCAUCUUUGGCCUUUAACUUUGCCGCAAAGCUUCUAUGCUUCUAAAAGCCAAUGCGUGGAGGAGAAAAACGGUUGUACCGCGUGUAUUCCUCGCUUCCGUGCUCCGGGAAACUAUGGGAAAAAGUGCGGUAAACUAAACUGCACAACUGCUAAUGAGCAAGCUAACUAAGCUAACCGAUAACGGUGGCCAACGGCUAGCGAACAGUAAUAUGACGUUAGCGCGAUUAACUUUAGCUCGCUUACAUUAGAUGUUUUAUCCAAAACUUUUAAUCAUUGCUUUGAGUUUAAUUUUACAAACACAUGUUUUCCCGAGAAGCUCAUUUGCAAAUAUUUUCAGCGCUUGAAUCUGAACAACGUCACGUGAAAAUCGCGUUUUCUCUGUGUGGCGUAAUGCGAGGUAGGACCGGCUGUUACAGAACUUCCAUGAAAGAGUUCGUGUGUCUUUGCAGGGAGGAAGCCAGCCCUCCUCUUCCUCCUCCUCCUCCUCCUCCUCAGUGACUGCUGCACAGCUGGCAGACGGCACCACUGGGAGCAGUUCUUCUGCUGCUCGAUGGACCACCGGCCCGCAAAUUGGACCCGUUUUUGAUGCAGGAGAUGAAUUAGCUCGAGUUCUGGGAUAUUUCUUCAACUUUUGCCUUUGAGAGGUUCAGUUUGUGGACUUCUGGGAAAACCUGAUAACUGAAGACUCAGCCCCUCUGGAGCCGUUACAGCCUCCUCUCACUGGAAACAUACGGUCAGUUGAAACAAUGCAGUUAGCAUGGAGCCUUCUGUUGGGGUUGUGGUUGCCGUGCUGUUUGGCCCAGACGACACCCUCAAACGCAGCCACGCGGACGCCCACGCGGACGCCCACACGGACGCCCACGCGGACGCCCUCGUCACUGUCCACACCGUCCGCGUCCGUCCAGUCUCAGACCGCACAGCUAAAGGUCAGACUGUCUGGGUACCCCCGAAAACACAACGAGGGUCGGGUGGAGCUCUUCCACCAGGGCGAGUGGGGAACCAUCUGUGACGACGACUUCUCGAUACACAACGCCAACGUGCUCUGUCGCCACCUGGGCUUCGUCUCGGCCACAGGAUGGACCCACAGCGCCAAAUACGGCAAGGGCCAAGGAAAGAUCUGGCUGGACAACGUGCAGUGCAACGGAGGCGAGAAGAGCAUCGAGCUCUGCAAGUCCCGCGGCUGGGGCAACAGCGACUGCACUCACGACGAGGAUGCCGGAGUUGUGUGCAAAGACGAGAGGAUCCCUGGCUUCGUGGAUUCUAAUGUUAUUGAGACUCAAGCCGAUGAGAACAAGAUCGAGGAGGUGCGGCUCCGGCCCGUGGUCGCCAUGUCCAGAAGGAAGCUGCCCAUCACGGAGGGCGUGGUGGAGGUGAGACACAGAGACGGCUGGGCGCAGAUCUGCGACCUGGGAUGGACCAUCAAAAACACGCACGUGGUCUGCGGCAUGCUGGGGUUCCCGCACGAGAGGAAAGUCAACAAGAACUUCUACAAACGUCUGAGAAAGCGAGCAGCUGAGACGCUGUCCAGGCCAAAAGUCACUGUUUCAGCCGGCGGAAGGCAGACAUCCAAAGCUAAAGCUAACGCUAAGUCUAAACAGAGCAGCGCUGGCAAAAGGUUGUACUUGGAGCGACAGAAGAACCACUUCCGCAUUCACUCGGUGGCGUGUUCGGGCACCGAGGUCCACCUGGCAGCGUGUCCUCUGGAGUUCAGCAAGGCCAACGCCACGUCCGCCUGCAGGGGCGGCACGGCGGCCGUCGUCAGCUGCAUGCCGGGGCCGCUCUUCAUGCAGAGCAAUGGCAUGAAAAAGAAAACCAGGACUUCGAGCAACGUGAGGCUGAAGGGAGGUGCCAGGGUGGGCGAGGGUCGGGUGGAGGUGCUGAAAGACAACGAGUGGGGAACCGUGUGCGACGAUCGCUGGAACCUGCAGUCGGCCAGCGUGGUCUGCAGGGAGCUCGGCUUCGGCAGCGCCAAGGAGGCGCUCACCGGAGGGCGCAUGGGACAAGGAAUGGGUCCCAUCUACAUGAACGAGGUGAAGUGCCUCGGCCAGGAGAAGUCCAUCUGGAACUGCCCCUUUAAAAACAUCACAUCCGAGGACUGUCAGCACGUGGAGGACGCCGCCGUCCGCUGCAACGUGCCCCACAUGGGCCUCGAGGACUCGAUCCGACUCACAGGAGGGCGGACCCGUUACGAGGGCCGCGUGGAGCUGCUGCGCUCGGACGCCAACGGGACGCAGAGCUGGGGUCUGAUCUGUGGAGAGACCUGGAGCACCAAGGAGGCCAUGGUGGUCUGCAGGCAGCUGGGUCUGGGCUACGCUAACCAGGGCGUGCAAGAGACGUGGUACUGGGACAGCAGCAACGUGACGGAGAUGAUACUGAGCGGCGUGAAGUGCACGGGCCGCGAGAUGUCUCUGAGUCAGUGCCAGCAUCACAAAGCGCUCAGCUGCCAGAAAGCGGCGGUCAAGUUCGCCGCGGGAGUCAUCUGCUCCGACACGACCUCUGACCUGGUCCUGGACGCCCCUCUGGUGCAGCAGACGGUCUACAUCGAGGACCGGCCCCUGCACAUGCUCUACUGCGCCGCCGAGGAGGACUGCCUGUCCAAGUCCGCCGCCAAGGCCAACUGGCCCUACGGACACCGGCGCCUGCUGCGCUUCUCCUCCCAGAUCCACAACAUCGGCCGCGCCGACUUCAAGCCGAAGGCCGGGCGCCACUCGUGGGUCUGGCACGCCUGCCACGGCCACUACCACAGCAUGGAUAUCUUCACCCACUACGACCUGAUGAGCGCCAACGGCUCUCGCGUGGCCGAGGGCCACAAGGCCAGCUUCUGCCUGGAGGACUCGGAUUGUCACGAGGGUGUUUCUAAGCGUUACGAGUGCGCCAACUUUGGCGAUCAGGGCAUCACCGUGGGCUGCUGGGAUUUAUACCGACACGACAUCGACUGCCAGUGGAUCGACAUCACUGACGUCAGACCUGGAAACUACAUACUGCAGAUUGUCAUCAAUCCGAACCAGGAAGUGUCUGAAAGCGACUUCACCAACAACGCCAUGAAGUGCAACUGCAAAUAUGACGGACACCGAGUCUGGCUCCACAACUGUCACAUCGGCGACGCGUUCAGCGAGGAGGCAGAGCGGCGCUUUGAGAAGUACCCCGGGCAGCUCAACAACCACAUUCCUUAAAUGAAAACACACUGCAGACUUUUAAUGUUUUCAGGUACCAGACAGCAUUUCCUCACAUAUCAUCUGGAGUCGUGGAAGAAGCCAACAGGUUUUUAUGUGAUACUUGAAUAUUCAAGUGCUAAUGUUUCUUUUGGUCAGUUUGAUGUGAGCUAAUGCUAUAUUUUUUAUUACAACGAAUGUUGAUCCGAGUUAUGAAUGAGGUGUUUGUUUUACUUGGAGCCAGCAGGUUGAGAUGUUCCUCAGAUGGUUAGAUGGGACACAAACAAAUGCUUACUGGUCUCCAUACUGGGGAUCGGCCUUUCCUCAGAGCCAGACGAUAAACACUAUCUUAAUUCACUCUGGGUCAAAGGUGUUAACAUCUGUUACUGUUCACUUUUCUGCCUUCUCGGUCACAAAAAUGGGUUUAGAUUUACAAUUUUGUGGAUGUAUUUAUUGCUAAAAGUCAAGUUGCUAGUCAACUUUCUUUGGAACCAGUUUGAAGCCGUCUGGUCUUUUUAUUGCUAUUAAUUGCCAUUCAGGGUCAGAUCAUAGAUGUUAUCGGACAAACAAACUACAAUUACCCUCAAGAAUGUCGAUGUAAUCUCACCAAAUAAAGAGGAACGAUGACAACGCUUUA